AUGGAAUAUGUCACACAUUCAAAUAAUGCAGAAGGUUCAACAUCUCACUCCAGAGCACCACGUGGGGACGAGGUAGAUACUGACGCAAGGGGCACGGGUGGCCGCAAAAAGUGGACCAAGGCGCAAAAGAAAGAAAAGCGUGGUGCCAAUAAGGGCCGCAAGUUUGGCAAGGUACAUGAUCAACUGGAGCUAUGCUGGAGAGUAGCCAAUGGGAAAAUAUGCGAGCAUGGAGAUGAAUGUCGCUUCACGCAUGACGUCGACGCAUAUCUGGCAGCAAAACCAAGAGAUAUUCGUUUCCCUUCGAUCACGACGAUAUCAGAUGUUCCUCCUUUUAUCAUGGGCACGGAGGAAGAUAAUUCUACGGCUGACAAUAGUCUUUCUUCGCUCGACCAACACGCAUCGUGUCCCUCCUUUGCAGAAUCUGGAUUCUGUCGUCUAGGACUCAAGUGUCGAUUUCUCGGAGCUCACACUGAGCGCGAUACCAGUGGGGUAAUCACGCUCAUCGAAGAUGAGGAGAAGAGGGCUCAGACAGCGCUGAGCACCACGGAACUCAAUUUUGUUAGUGCAGACACCUUGAAACUACUUAGAUCCAAGAAGUACCCUAGGCCAAUAACCGACGCAUACCUCAAGGGACUGGAAGCUGCUAAAGAAGACCCCAAUGGACCGGAAGAAGACGUGGCCAUGAAUGUUCCUCCACUUAAUCCAUCAGCUCUCGUUGAAAAGCGCACUGGAAAUUCUGAUCCCAAUGCUCAGACUGAUACUCCCGAUGUUCUGUAUCGCGUACAAGAGAAACGAAGGCUGAAUUGGAGUGGUAAAUCAUAUCUUGCGCCGUUAACAACGGUCGGCAACUUGCCAUUCAGACGUCUAUGUGGUACCCUCGGAGCGGACAUAACGUGUGGUGAAAUGGGCCUUGCGACCUCAUUUCUCACCGCUUCUGCGUCUGAAUUCUCCCUUGUUCGGCGGCAUCCAUCGGAGAGCAUCUUCGGAAUUCAGCUCGCAGGAAAUAAGCCCAGCACAUUGGUCCCAACUGCCGAAAUCCUCGGGCGCGAAUUCGGUGAUGCAGGAGGCAUAGACUUCGUCGAUGUGAACUGUGGAUGUCCGAUCGAUCUUGUCUUCAAAAGCGGAAGCGGAAGCGCUUUGCUGGAUGCACCAGCAAAACUUGGCAAAAUUGUCAUUGGGAUGUCCAGGGCGUUGGGCGAAAUUCCGGUUACAAUCAAACUACGGACGGGUGUCAAGGACGGUCGUAAUAAUGCACAUAAGAUCAUGCUUCGCGCUGCCACUGAGUGGGGGGUUGGUUGUAUCACACUUCAUGGCCGUACGCGCCAGCAACGGUACACGAAAUUGGCUGAUUGGGAGUACAUAAAACAAUGCGUUGACGCCGUGCGUGCUCGGGAGGCAGACAUGGGUCUAUCUCCGGUCCCGAUUUUUGGCGGUGGUGAUUGUUUCUCAUCGCACGAUUACUGGACCAAUGUCUCGUCCACUGGCGUGGACGGAGUCAUGAUCGGACGGGGAGCACUCAUCAAACCGUGGAUUUUCACGGAAGUGAAGGAGCACCGAGAAUGGGAUAUCAGCUCGAGGGAGCGAUUGCAUCACUUUGGUACAGACACAACAGGUGUGAAUACGACGCGCCGAUUCCUCUGUGAAGCACUUUCAUUCCAAUACCGUUACGUCCCUAUCGGAUUACUGGAACGACUCCCAGCCAAGAUAAACGAUCGAGCUCCAGCAUUCAAAGGAAGAGAUGAACUAGAAACACUCCUUGCAAGUCCGAAUAGCCAGGAUUGGGUCAAAAUCUCGGAGAUGUUCCUCGGUCCUGCGCCCGAGACGUGGUUCUUUACACCGAAGCACAAGAGCAAUGCACACGGUGAGGAGAGUCAGGGCUGA